UCAAAACGCACUAAUACUAAUUAACUUGUUUACAAAUCGUAAAUUUAUAUUAUUUUCUUUAAAAGUCGAACUAAAUAACUUAAAAUAUGAAGAUAAAAAAGCAACAUAAGAAGAAGAAAUAUCUUCAUAAACUUAACCGUAAAAGAAUGCAUUUGAAACAAAAAAGUACUGGGACGAUUAAAUGUAAAGCACUUAAGGAGGCCUGGAAUCAUAGUAAAUCCACAUCCCAUAACUUACGAGAUAUGGGUCUGGCGAACGAUCCUAACAAAGUUAUAAAAAUACCCAGUUUCAAAGAAGAGCAAUUAAAAGUAGCUAAGAAAAUUGUUAAUCCAGAAGCUCCAGAUGUAGAAAAAGUAGUUGCUAAAAAAUCUCGCAAAAAGGUUGUUGCCAAAAAAUUAGAAGAAGAAGCUACUGCCCCUAGAGAAAGGAGAUUCAUGCUACCAAAAGGACAAGUUGAAUUUAUAACUUAUUUACUAGAUAAAUAUGGCCAUGAUUAUAAAGCAAUGGUAAAAGAUAAAAAGAACUAUAACCAAUACACAUGGAAACAAUUGAGAGCCAAAGUGAAAACUUUUAUGGGCAUACCAUUACAAUAUGGGGAAUAUUUGAAAUCAAGAGGACUGUUAGACAAAGAAGAGAAUGAAGAAGAGCUCAAGGAACAAGCUAAAGCGUUAAUUAUGGAUGAUAGUGAUUAAGAUAUAUUUUACAUAAAUAGAAGGUUUAAGAUAUUGAAUUUCCCUUGUGGCAGAAUCAAUGUUUUUUUUAAUCUGUUGAUUGAUUGAGAAAUUUAAAUUAUGUAUCUGUUACAUUUCUGGGAAGAAUUUGAACUCUGUCACUUAUCCUCUCUGAAUAUUUAAUUUAACCUUUUGCUGUAUGUUGUUUUAUAUGUAAUCAAUCUACCCAAACACAUGAUUGAAUGUGACGGAAUUUCAUUCUAC